ACACUACUCUAACUAACGACGUUGCAGUAGGAAUGACUUUGUUCAGUCAUACAGCUAAGCUGUUAAAGCCGGGUAACGAGCCCUCGAACGAUGUUGAACAGAGUGUCAGUCAGGCUCUCCUCGACUUGGAGGCCAACUCCGAUCUGUCUAGUGCUCUGAGGGGCCUUUACUUUGUUGGAGCCGAGGAGUGCGUCAUCAGAGACGAUAAGGUAGCAGUCGUUAUCCACAUUCCGUUCCCACAACAGAAGAUUUACCACAAGAUUCAAGGUCGUCUGGUCCGGGAGCUGGAAAAGAAGCUGUCUGGAAAGCACGUGAUUUUCCUGGCCAAGAGAAGAAUCCUCUCGAAACCAACCCGACACUCCCGCAACCUCAGCAAACAACAGAGACCUAGAAGCAGAACUCUGACCGCAGUACACGAGUCAAUUUUGGACGAUCUCGUAUACCCAGCCGAGAUUGCUGGCAAGCGAAAGCGUGUCAAACUGGACGGCAGCCAACAGAUCAAAGUUCAUCUCGAGAAAUCCGCCCAAAUCAAUACCGAAACCAAACUCGACACCUACAUGGCAGUGUACAAGAAGUUGACUGGCAAAGAUGUCGUUUUCGAAUAUGUGGAUUGAGACUAAAUUAUAUUUUUAAUUUAUCUUA